UACUACAUCGAAGAAUUAUAUUUUGUGAGGUUAAGUGUCACAACAAUACAUCAAGUAUUUUUUAUGGAGGAGAAUAAUAAUCCAGAAUAGAAAUGGAUAAGUAUUCUCAUAGAAGAGAUUAUGAGAGAUUAAACAAGGAAGAUAGAGAUCGGCAUAGGUAUAAAGAUAGGGUUUCACGUAAAGAUAGUGAUAGUGAUUAUGAUAGGCGUUCUAAAGGAUCAAAAUCGGGAUAUAAAUGCUCUAAAAGUUCUAGUCUAAAAUAUAAAAAAUCCAGUAGACAUAGGGACACUUCUGAAACCCGCGAAUCUCGUAAAAAAUCUUCGAAACAUAAAAGCAGAAGAAGAUCCUCAUCAUCUUCUCCUUCAAGUUCAACUGAAUCCAGUACUUCAUCUUCAUCUAAUUCUUCAUCAGAUUCUACAAAGCUUUUAGAAAAGCUUCAGAAACAGAGACAGAAACAAAUUGAGGAUAGAAAACGCCAGAAGGAGUUGAUGAAAGCUACAGAAACACCAGAAGAAAAGAGAUUACGUCGUUUAAAGAAGAAGGAAGCUAAAGAACGUAAAAGAAAAGAAAGAAUGGGGUGGGAUAAUGACUAUUUACAUUAUACAAAUACAGAUAAUCCAUUUGGUGAUGGAAAUUUGCUUUCCACCUUUGUGUGGUCUAAAAAACUUGAAAAAGAAGGUUUACUUGGUGUCAGUAGGGAGGAAUUAGAAAUUAGAAAUAGAUAUAAGCAAGAAGAAAAUAAAAGAGAAUUAGAAAAAGUUAAAAAAAGAAGGCAGGAAAGAGAAUUAGAAAGACAACAAAGAGAAGAAGAAAUGACAAUGUUGCAAAGGGGAAAAGAAGCUGCUCAGUUGGAACAAUGGGCAAGGCAGGAAGAUCAAUUUCAUUUAGAGCAAGCAAGAUUAAGAUCGCGUAUUAGAAUACAAGAUGGUCGUGCAAAACCAAUUGAUCUUCUUGCCAAGUAUAUUAGUGCAGAAGAAGAAGUUGAUGCUGUAGAAAUGCAUGAACCUUACACUUAUUUACAUGGAUUACAUGUGAAAGAUUUAGAGGAUCUUAUUGAGGAUAUUAAAGUUUAUAAAGAAUUAGAACGUGGUAAAAAUUUGGAUUAUUGGAAUGACAUUACAGUAAUUGUUGAGGAUGAAUUACACAAAUUGAGAAAAUUAGAAAGGUCAGAAUAUGAAGUUGCUGUUGGUAGAAGAGAGGGUAUACAUGAAUCAGUAGCUAAAGAUGUGACUGCCAUUUUUAAAGGAAAAACGGCAGCACAAUUAGAAGCCUUACAAUUACAAAUUGAAGGAAAAAUUACAGGAAAGCCUGAAGGUGUGGAUAUAGGAUAUUGGGAAAGUCUUUUGUCCCAACUCAAAGCACACAUGGCGAGAGCACGGUUAAGAGAUCGACAUCAAGAAAAUUUGCGCAAAAAGUUGGAGGUUUUAAUUGCUGAACAAGGUGUAGCCAGAACGGAUAAUGAAACCGAAAAUUCACAAGCAACUGGUGAGCAAUUGGAAAAACAAGACGAGCCAGCUACCAGUACGACUGCAGAAAAAAGCGAAGAGAGUCAAUCAGACGAUGAUCAAGAAGCUACUAAUGCAGCUGAUGAUCUUUUGUCAGAAUCAUUCUGCGAGUACGAAUCAGGAGGAUAUUCUCCAAAAUAUAUUCCUUAUUCUCAACUUGAGCCAGGAACAUUAGUUACUUUAGAAGAGGACGAUAGUCAACGAUUAGAAUACGCAAGAAAUCAAGUGCUCAGUACGGGUCGAAAGAUUCAAAACGUUAUGACUGCGGAAGAACAAGCAAUGCACAGAGAAGCACGUAAAAACAUGAGUUCCGAUGAGGCACAAUUUAGCGUCGAGUCAUCUUUGGAAGCACAGAUUUAUCUCUGGUCUGACAAGUAUAGACCUAGGAAACCAAGGUACUUCAAUCGGGUUCAUACCGGUUUCGAGUGGAAUAAGUAUAAUCAAACACAUUACGACAUGGAUAAUCCACCACCGAAGAUCGUUCAAGGCUAUAAGUUUAACAUAUUCUAUCCGGAUUUAAUAGAUAAAAACACAACUCCAGAAUACUUCUUGACACCUUGUGCUGAUAAUAAAGACUUCGCUAUUUUACGGUUUCACGCUGGUCCACCAUACGAAGAUAUUGCAUUUAAAAUUGUUAACAGGGAGUGGGAAUAUUCAUAUAAACGUGGAUUUAGAUGUCAAUUUCAUAACAACAUUUUCCAAUUAUGGUUUCACUUCAAGCGUUAUCGAUAUCGUCGAUAG